GCCUGCGCAGCGGCUCGGCGGAGGCGGGGUUGCUGGGGCUGGCGUUGGGGAGCGUCCAGAUAGCCACUCGCGAUCCCAGCGUUGCUGCCGCUGCUAUCGGGAGCUGCCUCCUUUCCUCCACGCUGCCUCGGACGGACCAGCUCCGCGCUCGCCGUCGUCCCGCGCCGCCAUGUCGUCCCCUCAGGACUUGUCUCAUCACAACAAUAACAACAACCUGCCGCCCGAGGGGACGCCCACCGAGCCAGGCCUCAACAGUUCCUGGGUAGAGCUGCAGAUGAAUGGGAAUGGCAAUGACAACGACAACAGCAAUGUAAAAAAUGGUGGUCUAGAACAUGUUCCUUCUUCAUCUUCCAUCCACAAUGGAGAUAUGGAGAAGAUACUUCUCGAUGCUCAGCAUGAGUCUGGACAAAGCAGUUCAAGGGGUAGUUCUCAUUGUGACAGUCCUUCUCCUCAAGAAGAUGGACAAAUAAUGUUUGAUGUGGAAAUGCAUACAAGUAAAGACAAUAGUUCUCAGUCUGAAGAGGAAACAGUAGAAGGCGAAAAGGAAGUGGAAGUUUUGAAGAAAAGUGCUGACUGGGUGUCAGAUUGGUCAAGUAGACCUGAAAACAUUCCGCCCAAGGAGUUUCAUUUCAGACAUCCUAAGCGAGCAGUGUCUUUAAGUAUGAGAAAGAGUGGAGCCAUGAAGAAAGGUGGCAUUUUCUCAGCUGAAUUUCUUAAGGUUUUCAUUCCAUCUCUGUUCAUAUCUCAUGUUUUGGCUUUGGGACUAGGUAUCUACAUUGGAAAGCGACUGACCACACCUUCAGCUAGCACUUACUGAAAGAAGCAGUGCACAAAUCCUGGAAAUCCUUGUGAUGAUCUGUGAAGGAAUUAAUGUCACACUAGUACCUUUGGAACUUGAGACAAUUCUAAGCAUGACCUUCCUCCCCUUCCCCAGCCUUCACCUUGUUUUUACAUAUCCAGGUUCCACUAACUCUUGGAAUGCAGUAUUGUGUUGGAACUCUGUGAAGGUGUUUCACUAGUUGUCUUUCCCCAGCCACCUUCCGUAUCCUGCAGGACACAUCAGAGUUGCCUAACAGAGUUUACAGUUGCCUAUAUGUCGCAAGGGCUUCGUUCAGUGCAAAACGCCACCAGCAAAUUACAAUUGUUAUCAGUGAUGCCUCUGCUGUUUCUUUACUACAAUAGCAAAUGAUCUGCCCAGUGCUUAAAUGAAACGUUCAGUAUAACAACCCCCAUAUAUAAAAGAGACUGAGAAUUAACAGAAGCUGUUUAUAAAACAAACUAAAAAUAAUUGGCAGGUUUGUUUUCUUUCUGCAAUUUGUUUUGCAGUUGUCUUGAGUUAAUAUUUUUUUUAAUUUUCAGGCGGCAAACACUUCACAGAUAUCAAAAAGAAUUAGAAUUUGAUUCCUCAGCAAGUUUGAAUACCAAGUAACUAUCAUUAUCUUGUGUUUCCAUGAAGUAGUGAGUUUAUUUCUGAUAGCAAACCUUGGCCAGCAUCUAGAUUUUUAAAAACUAUUUCAUUAUUUGCAUGUGAAGAAACCUCUAGUAUUCUUUAGCAUUUUAUUUAAUGGAAGUCUUCCUUUCAGAGUAGUUUGACUUGAAGUAUUUUUAAGUGUUUAGACUCUAUGUAAAAGGAGAUACCUGUAUUCUAAAGCCACUUGCAAUUUACAAAGAGAAUGGGUUGCUUUAAUAGAUGCUUGAGACAUCCUACUUGGGAACAGUCUUGCAGUUCUGUUUUAAAAAAAGGGGGGGGGAAACCCACAACAUUUUGAGCUGUCUUCUGUGGUCGAGUUCCAUUUCUUCCAUCUUCAUGGUUGGAAUUGCAUCUCUCAUUGCAAUUUCUGAAAUCCUAAGGAUUUUGCUAUCAAAUCAAAUCUUUAUUACAGUCACAGACCAGCAAAAAGGAUUUUGGUAAUAACUUAGAAAUCUCACUAAGGGGAAUAUUUUGCAUUGUUUUUCUUCAGAUACACUUUUUCCCAAACUGUGAAGCUCAAUUCAAAUUUUUAAAGUUUAUAUAGACCAAUAUUCCUAAAUAAAUGUAUUUUAGAUGUUUAAACCUAAAGUAUGAUUUUGAAAGUUCUUCAAAUUGAGCUCUCCUCUGCAUUUCAUGGAUGUGCCCCUGUAGUUUGUUGGUAGCAGUAUAAAAAUAGCUUGCUAUUGCCUUCUUCCAGAAUGUUUUUUGACUUCCCCAUUUAGUCAACGGCUGUUUGUGGUCCCCCCCAUCCAAGUACUAACCAUGUCCAGCGCUUAGCGUUUGACCCCAGACUAGAUUAUCCAGGUGCUAUUUUGUGUGUGUGUGUGUGUAUGUAUGUGUAUGUGUAUGUAUAUGUGUUUGUGGUACCCGCUGAGAUAUUUUCCUGCUCAUGCAUGUUAAUCAUAGCAGGAGGUAGCACCUGGCUGACUGGGCCUGGGCUUGGAAGGUAGGCAAGGUUGGGUCUGAUGAGUAUCUGGAUGGGAAACCAGAUUGGCUGGUCAGUACAAAGAUUGCAGACUAGACUUAGGAGUCAAUAAAAACUGGAAGAACCCACUACAGGUGAGUUCCAUAUUGUUGCCAAGAAAGCUACAGGGGCCUGUCCAGGAAGUCCAUCAGCAAGCGAGCUUAAUUUGAAGAAGGCUUCACAUGCUACAUAUUGAGGUAAGCAUGACUGAUUUUAAAACUAGCAGAAAUCAGUAGAUUCUGCAAUAGAAUGUAUUAGAUUGACAAUAAAGCAUAUAUAAAAUCUUAAGAGUUGACAGACCUCUGAAGACUUAAUAGUGCAAGUAAGUUAGCUAGUACCUCUGAAAUAAGUGAAAUGUGUGAAGUGGAGAGGAUUUUCAUGAUAUCCAUUCCUAAAUAUCUUUGUUUCAACCUUUGAUUCUCUGUAACUUACUGGAGAUCGAUCUCUCUCUCUCUCUCUCUCUCUCUCUCUCUCUCUCUCUCUCUCUCUCUCCCUCUCUCCCUCUCUCCCUCUCUCCCUCCUUCCUUCCACCCAGUAAGUUACACAUAGUCUUCAUAACCUGUGAAGGUUGUUUUGCCCUUUCAGCUUAUAAUAAUAGCACUUGUAUUAUGUGCAACGAUGUAUUUAUUUCCUGUGUGGAUAUUGGAAUAAUUUUGAGGUGAUUAAAUAGAAUGAGAGUUGUUUAAAACAACAAUUAAAAACCAAGCAUGAGUUGAGUUAGAAGUCCAACAGUACUUUUCAACACCAAUUAUUUUAUUGCAUUUUGUAAUAGUUGGAACAAGACAUUUGUAUGACAUUUGGACCAUAGUUGUUAAAAGGCAAAGAAAUCCUGUCCAAAGUACAUUAUAAUUAAUCUACAGAAUGCUGUUUGAUAAGUUAGAAAGCCUAUAUGCUUGUGAAUCAACAAUAAUAAUUUUCAGGCAUUUAUGAGAUUAAAACUGAUGGAAAAACAUCUUUGGCAUUUAUGUACCUGAUCACUGUUGAGCUUGUUGCCAUGCAGUGGUCCAAAGCAGUAUUUAUUAAUAACUGAUUAAAAGCUUGAAAUACCCUAACUUUUUAUAUUACAAAAUGGACCAGAUUGUUAUAAUUUGAAAGAGAUAUCAGAUGUAAAGCUUUGUUAAGUUAAACAUUGUUAAGUAGCUUUAUACUUGUUUACAGUUUGAGGGGAAACACAAGCCUCAUUUUUCAAAUGAUGAGUGAAAAACGGGGUGUGACAUUUGUACAUAGGAUCAAGCAGAAAUGCAUAAGCUCGCACAUUAAAAAAUGCAGCAGGCUGAACUGCAACACUAAACAAAGCAAACAAAUUCAACUAUUCACUAUUUUUAAAAAGUGAAAACAACUAUGAGAGAAGUCACUUUUUUAAAAAACAAUUAAAGACAUAUUGCUGAAAUUAUUGGAGUUAAAUGAGCCAAAGUGAUUAUGCAUUCUUCAUCUUUAGUUAGCACUUUGUAACAUGAUAAUAUACAGUUUACAGUACAUGUAUAAAGUGUAGCUAUAAAAUUUUGUGCCAUUAAAGCUGUCACAAAACUGAA